CUGUAUAAGAUGCCUAUGUAUUUCUUUCUCAACUUCUUGUCUUUUGUGGACAUUUGUUAUUCUUCAGUCACCGCACCCAAGAUGAUCGUGGAUCUGUUAGCAAAGAACAAAACUAUCUCCUAUGUGGGGUGCAUGUUGCAACUCUUUGGGGCGCAUUUCUUUGGCUGCACCGAGAUCUUCAUCCUCACCGUCAUGGCCUAUGAUCGCUACGUGGCCAUCUGCAAACCCCUACACUACAUGACCAUCAUGGACAGGGACAGAUGCAAUAAACUGUUGCUGGGGACGUGGGUGGGUGGGUUCGUGCACUCCAUCAUCCAAGUGGCUCUCGUAGUCCAGCUCCCCUUCUGUGGCCCCAACGAGAUCGAUCACUACUUUUGUGAUGUUCACCCUGUGCUGAAACUCGCCUGCAUGGACACCUAUCUUGUUGGCGCUGUGGUGACAGCCAACAGUGGGACCAUCACGCUGGGGAGUUUCGUCAUUUUGCUCGUCUCCUACACCACCAUCCUGGUGUCUCUGCAGAAGCAGUCGGCGGAAGGCAGGCGCAAAGCCCUCUCCACCUGUGGUGCCCACGUCGCUGUGGUCAUCAUCUUCUUCGGCCCCUGCACUUUUAUG